AUGUCGAAUCCUAUCGUCAUUCGCAACCUUACGGCGCAGCCUCUUACGGUCAAGCAUAUCGAGCGAUUUGAAGCGCCUAUUGCGAAGAAUCUCUCUUCAGGUGGUGGAUUUUCGGUCAACAAUAUUACGUCCAAUAUCACCUCGGUCUUUAGCAAUGGCACCAGUCCUGCCCCUCCCCAGCAGAUCGAUGAGCAUGCCCAAAGUUUCACGAAGAAAGACCUUGAAAUCCGACUAGAGCCAUUCAGUACCAACCGGACUGAUGUCGAACUCACGGAACGGAAUGCAAAUGACAUCCUGCGCUUGACGUUGCAAGGCGAUGGUGGUGGGCAGUGGAGGAUUGAUGCUCCAACUCCAGGGACGACUUCCCAGAAACUGACCCCUCUCACGCCGGACCCCAAACAUCAAUACCAUGCCUUCUUCUUGCGAUUUACUUCCGUCCUCGCGAUCAUGGAGACCGCAGCCGAGUACCGCCACUGGAUGAAGGAAUUCCAAGACUCCACUCCCAUAUCCGCCCUCUCCAUCCCAGGCACCCACAACUCUCCUACCUGCUAUAAAGCACUCCCUUCCGUCCGAUGUCAAGCCGUGGGUCCGCUCGAGCAACUCCAAAACGGCGUCCGCUUCUUCGACAUCCGCGUACAGCCCAACAAACCAAACGAGGAAAAGGACGACUCCCUCAAUCUUGUACACGGCGUAUUUCCCAUCUCUCUCACAGGCAACAAGAAGUUCCGCACCCUCGAGGACGAAAUCAAGGGCUUCCUUAGCGAGAACCCUUCCGAAACUGUCCUCGUCUCCCUCAAACGUGAAGGUCCGGGUGAAGCCACGGAUCAACAGCUCUCCAAAAUCCUCCGCGACCACUACACCUCCUCCGACAUCUGGUACACUGACCCCCGAAUCCCGACAUUGGGUCAAGUCCGCGGCAAGAUCGUGCUCAUGCGUCGAUUCGCCAUCACUGAUAGCUUAAAGUCCGACCACAACGGCCGAGGUUGGGGUUUGAAUGCCGAGAAUUGGGCGUACAACUGCGCCAACGACAAGCACGGAGAUGUCGUCGUGCAGGACUUUUGCGAGGUGCUCGAGACGGAGAAUAUCGAUCAUAAGAUCAGUCUCUGCUGCGAGCACUUCGAGCGCGCGGCGCAGGUCUGCUGUCCUGUUGACGAAGCUGCGGAUCCGGAGCGUCGUGCUUCUUUUGAGCGGCGUGGCUCUACGGCUCCUCCUGUCAACACGACUUCGCUGUACCUCAACUUCUUGUCGGCGUCGAACUUCUGGAAAGUCGGAUGCUGGCCGGACAAGAUCGCUGCGAAAUUGAAUCCCGCUGUGACUGCGUUUCUGGUCGAGAAGCAUGAUAUUGGUGAUAAGGGACUGGAAGCGCCGGAUGAGAAGGUCGAAGGUGAUGGCGGGACGGGGAUUGUAGUUUGUGAUUGGGUUGGGAAGGAUGGAGAUUGGGACUUGGUGAGGACGAUUGUGGGGAUGAAUAGCAAGUUGUUGGUCCGGCAGAGGGGGGUUGGGUGGAGGUGA